CUGCUCCGUUUGACUGACGGCUCCAGCGACCAAUGAGGCCGACACUUCCGCUCGCACUGCUAGCACGGUCGGCUUUGAGCGAGCUAGCUGCCGACGGGACUCAAGCGGAACAGAUGACGUCCAGGAUUCAUAAUAAAAUGUGUGGGCUCCUUCUCAGCAGCUGGGCUCUGCUGCUGCUCCAGCUCCUGGGUUCGGGGGCAGUGCCCAUCAGCAUGGAUAAGACCAAAGUCAAAGAGCCAGAGACCAAACCUGAGGAGCCUCCAGCCAGUGUGGACACUGGACUUCACUAUGACCGCUACCUCCGGGAAGUCAUUGAUUUUCUCGAGAAAGAUCAGCACUUCAGAGAAAAGCUCCACAAUACAGACAUGGAAGACAUCAAGCAAGGAAAGCUUGCUAAAGAGCUGGACUUUGUCAGCCAUCAUGUCAGAACAAAACUGGAUGAACUGAAGAGGCAGGAGGUAAGCCGACUGCGAACCCUGAUCAAGGCCAAGCAGGACAUAGAAGGAGGGAAUGACAUCGCAGUGGAUCACCAGGCUCUGCUGAAACAGUUUGAGUACUUGAACCACAUGAACCCACAUACAUUUGAAGUGGAUGACUUAGAUCGACUCAUCAAAUCGGCAACCAAUGAUCUGGAGAACUACGACAAGGAAAGACACGAGGAGUUCAAGCAGUAUGAAAUGAUGAAAGAGCACGACAGACGGGAACACCUGAAAACACUGGACGAGGAAGAAAGAACGAAAGAGGAGGAGCACUAUGAGGAUAUGAAGAAGAAGCAUGCAGACCACCCUAAAGUCAACCACCCGGGCAGCCAGAAUCAACUGAAGGAGGUGUGGGAGGAUGCUGACGGCUUGGACCCUGAAGAUUUCGACCCUAAGACCUUUUUCAAACUGCAUGAUGCCAAUGGAGACGGCUACUUUGAUGAACAGGAGCUGGAAGCAUUGUUCACCAAAGAGUUGGAAAAAAUCUACGACCCCACCAACGAAGAAGAUGACAUGAUAGAGAUGGAGGAAGAGAGGCUGCGUAUGAGAGAACAUGUUAUGAACGAGGUGGAUUCGGACAAAGACAGGCUGGUCUCUUUAGAGGAGUUCCUGGUUGCAACAAAGAAAAAGGAAUUCUUGGAGCCUGAUAGCUGGGAGACCCUGGAGCAGAACCAGGCGUACACAGACGAAGAGAUGAGGGAGUUUGAGGAUCAUCUUGCUCAGCAGGAACAGGACCUGAACCUGAAGGCUGUCGACCUCCGGAAACAGAGAGAAGAGCUGGAGAAACAACAGGAGCAGCUCAACGCACAGAAAAUAGAGCUGCAGCAGGCAGUAGAGCACAUGGAACGGUUGAAAUCACAGAAAGUAGAACCCCCUCCAGAGGUUCAUGUUGAAGGAAAUGCUAUUCCAGAGAUGUAUCCGGUUGACAAUCAGUUGCAUCCUGAACAAGAGGGUCAACCACAAGAGCAUCCGCCUGCAGCUCAAGAUGCAGCUCAGGAACACCACGCACAACAAAUUCAAGACCUGGGUCAGCACGGUCUCCCCCAGACUCACCAGGAUCUGCCGCCAGGCCACCAGGAAGCUGCACAAAGCCAACAUACCCUGCCGUAACAGCUUUAUCAGAACUUGCAACACCAGACUUUUGCAGCAUCUCCACUCUAGCGUGCAGAGGAGAAGAACCCUCCCGAGUUUCACCAGUAUGACUUCGGAGUCUGGAGCGAACUCGAGAUGAAAGAAAGCAGCACAAGCGGAAUCCAUGUUGAAUGACACCAGUGUUUGAUAAUAACUGUAAUAUUUGGAUUCAUAACGACCAACCAAGGACAUGCAUCUUAAAAUGUGCUCUCUUAGUUGUGUUUGAUGACAUCAGAAAUGAUCCAGAAUGUUUGGUAAUGCAAUCAAUCAAAAAGUAUAUUUUUGUUGAACUUAGUCGACCUGCUGUCGGCUGUUCAAACUACAGAACCUCAAAAUGCCACUGGCUCCACUACCUGAUGGUUUUGUUGCAAGAGCUUCUCAAAUGUCCUCAUUGUGACUCUUGUUUUCUGACUUGACUUCAUAGAAACAUCCCCAAACCUUUUAGAAAGAGAUUCAUUUACACAUGUGGCUUGUGGUGAAAUGUUCCACUGGACUUUUUCUGACAUUUUAGUUAUUUGAGUUUAAGAUUUUCUAUCAUUGCAUUAGACCUGGAAGAAGAGGCACUAUUAUGAUUUUAACGAGUUUACAGCAAUCUGAUGCCAUAACAGAAACAAUUUUACCUGAAAGAUAAAGGUUAGGAUAAAUAGGCUGAGUAUGAUUUUAUAAUCUACAAGGCUUCAGUCGGGUCUUUGUCGAAAAAUAUGAAUCCAGUUCUCCCAGUCCUUUCAACUGGAGAAAUCUUUUAAAAGACUUUUCAAAACAGGACAUUUUUGGGCCACACUACAGCUACAAAUAACUAACAUUUUCCCCUAAAUACUUAGUGCUGCAGAUGAUUAAAUAAAGCAGUCAGUUACAGCUUGGUUCUACCAAUAAUAAUUUGUGAAACAACCUUCUUAUCAUACAGAAAGAACUGUUGAACCUCUAAAAAAUUUAAUUUGUUCUGUUUCACGUUCUGGGCAUUUUGAUUUUGGCUUGUUCAUACAUGGAUGUGUGUGUCAUGUUUAUGAUCUGAUCAAAAUGGAUCAUUACUUCUAAUUUGCUUAAUAAAACUGUUUUGAUGUUCAGCUCUUUUAUCAGUUAGAAUAUAGACAGAUUAUUUUUGAUUAUUUCAGCUGAUUGAAAGUUUAUUAGAAAAAGGGUGAGGAUUUUUACCAGUGACACAUACAAAAUGCAGCAGAACUUGAACCUGUUUAGGUCAGUCUAUCAUGAAAGUUUUUGAAAUUACUUUAUACAUACUCAUUGUGUGUAUGCACAUUAAAACCAGUAACUUGUUUUAAUGUUGUGAAUGACCAGUGUCAACUUAUCUGACUUGAUCCUAGUUUGAAUAACAAACUGCAGAUUUUCUGAUAAACCAGUUUGAUGUACUUGCUGCCUCUUCUUCUCGUGUAGUGUUGUGGUUCCUUCUCGCUGGCAGACUGUGUCCAUGGCGGACGUGUGUUAACUUAAUGCCACUUUUUUUGCAUCCAGUCAAACAGCUCUGCCUUACUGUGGUUUACUUUAUACUAAGUUUUGACAUGGAAUACUUUUGUUUUCUCACCGUGUUUGUUUUCUGGGUGCCGAGCAGUGGCAAUAAUACUGCGUCAUGAUUUGCACAAUAUGUACAGGUGGUAUUUCCAAUUACUUUCUGCUGGAUUAAAGUCGUGAUGGUACUGUACACCUUCCUUCAACAUAAUAAAACGGUUAUCUUUCA